CUUCUCUGAGCCAUUUGAAAUUCUCAGAUAUGGCUAGCCACCCACUGAAACCAGCUCCUAAGAUACAAAAUGUGGCUGGGAGAGACAAAAGAGAAUACUCAAAAUCCGAUGAUACUGCAUUGGUGAGACAAAUUCGGGAGACUCAUACUCCCGGGCGCUCCCACCUUGUUGAUGUGAAGCCAAUUCUCCAUGUGAUUGAUGAAAUAUUUAAUCGGUCUUCAGUUGGCACGGAUGGCGGCAUUCUACUUGGUACACAUGUAGAUUCACUGGAGGACAGGACAAGUUCUCUAAGUUAUGAUGUCCUUCUCCAGGGGUUGUCUUAUCUGAUACAGAAGAUAUAUAUCGAGAUAGGUCGCCAAUGCUUAAAUGGUGCUGAUGUGCAUGUAAGCACAAUGGAGUUACUGAGGUUCCUUUCCAACUAUUCAUGGGAAGCAAAAGUGGUGCUAUCCCUCGCGGCAUUCUCUAUCUACUAUGGAGAAUUCUGGCUUGUUGUUCAGCUUUGUACUACAGAUCCACUAGCCAAGCCUUUGGCCAUCCUGAAGCAAUUGUCAGACUUAAUAGAGCAUGCAGCCUCAGUAAAGCCUCAGCUCGAGGCCAUUGACAACCUCAUCAAAGCAAUCACCAAAGUUACUAAGAGAAUUGUAGAGUAUGCUGAUAUGGUCAAGCUGCAGUCUCAGUACGUUUCUGAAGACCAACCACCAUUGAUGACUGCCAUGGCACAUAUUCCUGCUGCUGCCUACUGGGUCAUUCGAGGCAUACUGGCUUGUGCCUCACAUAUUUCUAUUCUUACAGGCGGUAGAUACGAGUAUGUCGCAUCAACCACAGAGGUGUGGGAACUAUCAAGUCUUGCUCAUAAGUUAAACAAUAUAGAUGGACAUCUCACCAGUGAACUAGAAACCUGCCGUCGACAUAUUGUGGAGAAGACAUAUGAUGAAGAUUACAAGAAUCUGAUACACCUUUUCCGAAGUCUCCACCUUGACAACAUGAAGAACUUACGGGCACUGAUUUCCCACAAGGAUGAUAUUCAGCCUCUUGUAAUUGGGAGAAGCCAAGUGAAGAUCAGUCUUGAAGUACUAAGGAGAAAGCAUGUGUUACUGCUGAUAACUGAUCUUAGUCUGAGUUAUGAAGAGAUCCUAAUUCUUGAACUCAUCUACAAGGAUCAGCAAAAUAGGGGAGAUUUUGAGUAUGAAUUUGUUUGGCUCCCCAUUGUGGAUGCGGCUGUUUGGGAUGAAGCAAAAAAAGAUAGAUUCGAGGACUUGAAGUCAAAGAUGCCAUGGUAUGCUGUGCAUGACCCUUUGAUUAUUGAACCUCCAGUGAUCAAGUUCAUCAGAGACUAUUGGCAUUUUGACAAGAAGAUGAUCAUAGUGUCAUUGGAUCCACAAGGAAGGGUGUACUCUGAAAAUGCCGUCCACAUGCUGUGGAUUUGGGGAAAUCUGGCUUUCCCGUUCUCUGAUGAGAAAGAGACAGCACUAUGGAAUGCAGAAAGUUGGAGACUCGAGCUUGUUACUGAUAGCAUUGAUCCAGAAAUACUAAAUUGGAUGGACCAAAAGAAAUAUAUCUGCUUAUUUGGAAGUGAUGACAUAGAAUGGAUAAGGAGAUUCACAGAGAGAGCAAAAGAUGUGGCAAAACGUGCAGAAAUUCCUUUGGAGUUGGUCUAUGCAGGAAGAAGCACCGCCACAAAAGAGAAAAUCAGGAAACUCAACAGACUUAUUGAUGCUGAGAAACUCAGUCACACCUGGUCUGAUUACACACGCACCUGGUUCUUUUGGUCUCGACUUGACAGCAUGAGGUGCUCAAAGGCUAAGCAGCACAAGACUAUAGACAAUGAUGAUAUACUGAGAGAGGUCAUGAGUUUGCUUAGCUAUGACGGAAGUGACCAAGGUUGGGUUAUGUUGUGGAGGGGAUCAGCUGACACUGUUAGGGGUAAUGGACACCUGACUAGUACCACCCUUGACGACUUUGAGACCUGGAGACUGGCAGCUGCUGAGUUAGGCUUUUUGCCUGAACUGAAAAAACAGCUCAAACUGCGGCACCAACCACAUCACUGUACUCGUUUGAUCAUUCCCGGAUUCGGUCCAGACAUUCCGGACAAAGUGGUGUGUACCGAGUGUGGUCGUGAGAUGGAGAAGUUCUUCAUGUUUCGCUGCUGCACCGAUUGAUGUGUAGUUGUCAUAUGCUGUAUCAUUGUGACAAAUCAUCUCAGAUCACCAGUUAUGCUAUUACUUAUGCUGGGAGCGAGACUUCAGAGUUUGUGCAGUGAGAGCUAAAAUCAACUCGUUAUGUUAUGUAUUAAAAAUAAACUUGUUUGUGUCAAUUUGUGAACUAUAUAGCUAGGACUCUUGAGCACAGAUAGGGUUGAUGAGUCUAGGCUGCUUGGAUUGCUAUUAGAAUGUUUGAAUAAUAGUGCUUGAAAGAUUCUUCAGUAUCUAA